AUGAUCACCUUCUUGUUCUAUUAUUCCCUUCUUUCUCUUGCUUUCUUCUUUGCUCUCAAGCUCCUUCUUCAAAAUAAGAAGUUCACAAACAUCCCACCUGGCCCACCUUCUCUUCCCAUACUCGGCAAUCUUCACCAACUAGAAAAGCCACUCCAUCAAGCCUUACACAGGAUUUCUCAAAGUUAUGGUGAAGUCUUUUCUCUUUGGUUUGGCUCUCGCCUCUUUGUCAUUGUCUCAUCGCAGUCCGCAGUCCAAGAAUGCUUCACCAAAAACGACAUCGUCCUGGCAAAUCGCCCCCGGUUUCUCAUCGGAGAGUAUGUUGCCUACAACUGCACCACCUUAACGUUGGCUCCCUAUGGCGACCAUUGGCGCAACCUCCGCCGCGUCACAGCGCUUGAGGUGCUCUCGAACUACCGUCUCAACAAAUUCUUGGAAAUGCGAAGAGAGGAGGUGAAGCGGCUGGUUCAAAAGCUUGCUCAAGAAUCAGUACACAAGGAUCAAUUCCUCAAAGUGGAGAUGAAAUCAAGAUUUUCAGAGUUGACUUUCAACAUUAUAAUGAGAAUGAUUUCUGGCAAAAGGUAUUGGGGAGACGACAACGAGGUUGGGGAUGUGGAAGAGGCCAGAAAGAUUCGACAGAUUAUAAAGGAAUUGGUGUCGCUAGGAGGGGCAAAUAACAGCGCAGAUUUCUUGCCCAUACUUUGGUGGUUUGAUUUUGGUCACUUGGAGAAGAAGCUCAAGGGUUUGGCCAAGAGAGCCGAUGGGUUCUCUCAAGGACUCAUUGAUGAGCAUCGACGCGCAAAGCAGAGAGCAAAUACUAUGAUCGAUCAUCUCUUGAGUCUCCAAGAAUCACAGCCUGAGUACUAUACGGAUCAGAUUAUUAAAGGCCUCAUAUUGGUCAUGGUUUUUGCUGGAACGGAUACUUCAUCUGUGACUUUAGAAUGGGCAAUGUCAAGUUUAUUAAACAAUCCUCAUGUGUUGGAAAAAGCAAAGAAAGAAAUAGACACACAUAUAGGGCAAGAACGAUUAAUAGAUGAGCCAGAAAUCUCAAAACUUCCAUACCUGCAAAACAUUGUCUCUGAAACACUUCGAUUGCAUCCUGCCCUACCAUUGUUGAUUGCACAUGAGGCUUCGAAUGAUUGCACCAUUUCAGGAUAUAAUGUUCCUCGUGGAACUAUUGUGUUAAUCAAUGCUUGGGCUAACCAUAGAGAUCCCCAGUUAUGGAGUGAUCCAACGAGUUUUAAGCCAGAGAGGUUUGAGAAAGAAGGAGAAGCAAACAAGCUAAUUACAUUUGGGUUGGGAAGACGAGCAUGUCCUGGAGCAGGUUUAGCUCAACGAACAGUGGGAUUAACUUUGGGAUUGUUGAUUCAAUGCUUUGAAUGGAAACGAGUAAGCGAGGAAGAAAUUGAUAUGACAGAAGGAGCAGGAGCCACCAUGCCAAAAAUUAUUCCAUUAGAGGUCAUGUGUAGAGCACGCCAUCCAAUAAUUGAUACACUUCUUUCUUAAAACGUUAUAGAGGAUAGCUAUUUAAAGGUCCCUUGCCCGGUUGUCAUUGUCCUCAGAGGCAAUGGAUUGAUUAGUUCUUAAUACUCAUUGGCCCUCAAAAAAGCAUGAGGACAGGAUUCUCUAAUAAAUUGUAACCGUGUAUAUCAUCUUCCUU